AUGCUUCACGACGGAAACCACCUCGAUGUCUUUGCAGAUCCACCUGUCGUUCUGCCUGUUGCUCGUCUGGUCCUGGAUGAAAUUCUUUUCACCAGAAAAGUACCUCAGCAUCCCGACGGACCCGUGCUUGUGCUCUUUCGACUCCUUGGAGGUAUUCGUGAUGAGCACGCGGUGAGACUUGCUGUAGGACGAGUAACCUAUGUCCUUUUUGAUCGUUCGGCAGACCGUCGACUUGUGACAGCCCAUGUCAGCGGCGAUCUUGGCAUAGCUCUGGUUUCCAUCAUUGUUGACUGUCUCCUUCACGGCUGCGACGAACUUGUCGGUCCUAACGGCCGAAGAAAGAACGAUGUGGGCCUUUUAUUUGGCAGUAAACUCGUCAUUGUUCUCACAAGCCUUCCACUUCCUCCAAAUGUCCAUGACCAUGGUCGUCUUGAACCCAAACCAGGCCAUCAUUUCCGAAGGCUUCUUCCUGGCGCAAAAAGAAACUACUACCGCUGCUCUGCGCUCAUAUUCCAUCUUGAAAAACACUAUCUAUCUAUCUAUCUAUCUAUCUAUCUAUCGCAAUCUGUUGAUUAUCUAUCUAUCUAUCUAUCUAUCUAUCUAUCUAUCUAUCGCAUUCUGUUGAUUAUCUAUCUAUCUAUCUAUCUAUCUAUCUAUCUAUCUAUCUAUCUAUCUCAUUCUGUUGAUUAUCUAUCUAUCUAUCGCAUUCUGUUGAUUAUCUAUCUAUCUAUCUAUCUAUCUAUCUAUCUAUCUAUCUAUCUAAACACAUACACCGAUCACACACAGACACAUACACGCAGCCGCAUUUAUCUAAUCCCCAUUGGUAGUGUAUUUGCUAACCUUGAAAACGGAAUCUAUCUCUUGCAUUCUGUUGAUUAUCUAUCUAUCUAUCUAUCUAUCUAUCUAUCUAUCUAUCUAUCUAUCUAUCUAUCUAUGCAUACAUGUAUAUACAUGAGUUUCAAUACAGAUGUUCUUUCAAGGCAGCAAGGAAAUUAUUUUUCACAACCAAAUUUACAUCAGAGAAAUCAUUUUCUUCAAUUUACAAAAUAA